AUGGCUCCCAAGUACGAGGGAGAGUUACUCGGUCGAAAUCGGGAGAGGCACAAUGUCAAUGCCAUGUCGCUACAGUCACGUUCGGUUUACUCACGUGACUCGGCGCUGGCAUAUAAGCGUUUGUAGUCUAGCUAGCUACCUUUGCUUCCUUAAGCCAUUAGACACUGAACAAGGACUCUAAAUACUUUUGGUCGUAUUUUCAGAAACAUCAAAAAAGACUGAUCAAAGAGAAGGGUUUAAUUCCUUUGUUGUCCUAAAUUGCCGUUAGACCAACAAAGAAAAUGAGGCUCUCACUCACUUAGGAAGGCGCUUAAAGAAGGCUCUUCUUCCAAAGAGAGACGUCAUUUCAGGGAUGGUGUGAGGAGCCCUUGUGUCCUUUUCCUCAAAGAAUACUAUCCAAGAGGUGUAGAACAGCCCGUCAGAGAGAGAGCUCGUAGCCAUGUCAACCUUUGUAGGUAUUACUCCAGAAUGCGAAGCCUACGAAGAGGAAUGGGACUGGGGCGCGGGGCUCAGCGACGGUUGUAGGCACCGUCUCGGCCUCCUAGCAAGCCUCGAAAAGAGUCGAGAAGCAAUCUUGGCUUCUCGUGACAGUGAGGUUGAGUACCUGGAGAUUGUGGCAAGGGGACAGGAGAGCCAGCUUCAGAAGGAGCUCUUCUCGGUGGUAGAUCUUUUUCUCGCAAUGAGGAAAAGAGGAGAAGCGAUCAAGGAGGGUGGUUUCGCCCAGGAAAACCUGGCGGAAUCAUCUGAGGAUCUUCGCAAUGCCCUCGAUGCCAUCGUAUCCAAGUCGCACGCCAUUGCGGCAGAAAUCGGCAUUGUUCUACACUCCGCAGAAGGAGCAGACGCAGGUGCAGGCGCAGAUGCUUUGGAUAAGGCUGCUCUCGAAGGAGUUGAAUCAGCCGAAGCUGGUCCAACAACAGCACCCAAGAAAAAGAAGGACCGCCACAGAAAUCGUCCUAAACCUCAAUUGCCGACCGAAAAGGAGGACGAGACGCCUACGAAAGAUGGCGAGAAGCCGACCAAUGAGCAUGCGACGCCUACGAAAGAGGAGGCUCCUUCCCAAAAGGAGAUACCCAUUCCAAAGGAGAGAAUGACUCGAUGGUGCAGCAAUGCAAAAUGUGUCGAGGCACGAAAGGUCGCUCGUGAUUCCAGCGAAGCCUUUCGUCUCGGGAAGGAGGAGGACGAUUACUACCACACCCAAAAGAUCUUUUAUCUUCAGGCACAAUGCAUCGAGCUCACUACGUGCGCGAGGAUCGAGAGGAAAAGAGCAUCCACUGAGCGUGAAUUGUGUCAUAUCGCCAGGCAGAAGCUUAAGCCCUCAACCAAAUUUGCCAACUGGUGCCGAAAGAUGUCGGAUAUCUUUCUCGCUGCUAUCAUGUGUGUCAUGAUGUUUUGUGUCAUUAGAGGAAACCUCGUCCAGCCACCGCAAACUCGAGCCAUCGCCACAUACAGUUCCCAAGGCAGGCCGCUCAUAUAUUCACCGGGAGUUUUGACACCCCAGUUUAACGAUCUUAUUGCGCCUGUCAGAUCCUAUUCCAAGGUCCUUUUGCCAAUCCCGGUGCUCGAGAUCGGCUCAAUUAUUGAAGGUGGAGCGGACAAUGCUGAGUGGGACGAGUUUGACGAGUGGUUCAAUGCGCCAUUGAAGGCAUCAGGUACAGCUGUGAUGUAUUUGAAAGGAGUUGUAGAAGGACAAUGUUAUGAUGAUCACAGUACUGGGCCUGAUGUAACAGUUGCAAUUGGAAAGUUGGACCCUGUACGAAGUGCGGUGACAACCGCGGUUGGUGUUGCGACUGCGGUCAUCUGGUGGAAUCUCUUCUCGUAA